AUGUCGUCGAUUCAAGAGCCUGAGGUCUCGGCCGAACCAGGCAGCCCUCAGUCUCCCAUCGAAGCCACAACAACUCCCGCCGCCGCCGCCACCACCACGGCUGUCCCUGCCGCCACGGCAACCGUCCACGAGCCCAAGACGAACACUCCGGAGCUCGACGUGCCGAAGCUACAGUCCCUGCCGGCCGAGCAACAGGAGCUAUAUCUGCUCACCUUCGUGUCGAGCUUGACAAAGCACGUACUGGCGCUCUCGUCCGACGACUGCACGGCCCAGCAGUUCUACCUGAAGCGCGAGAUCUUCCAGAUCAUCAACCUGCCCGCGCCGCAGCCCUCACGUGUCAUACGCAACAACCUGGGCAAAUGCCUCGCGCACAUCUUCAGCAAGGGCGACAGGAAGCUGCUCUUCGAAACCAUAAAUGACCUGGUCGGCAUCGUCUCCGGUGGCAAGGCCAAGUCGGAUGGCGAGACGCGGUCUAAGCAUGCUGCCGUCAGCUGCCUCGGCGACGUCUUUGCCGCCGCGGGUGACAGCGCCAUAGGCCUGCACCAGCUCUCGUGCGCAACGCUGGUCAAGACGCUCAAGUCUUCGUCGAAUAACGCGGGGAUGCGUGCCGCGGUCCUGACGGCCUUGGCCAAGAUCGUCGUCAUGAUCGAGGGGUCCAUGGAUGAGACGAUUUGCCGCGACAUUUGGAAGCAGUGCAGAAGCCACGCAGCCAGCGACAAGGGCGCACUGGUAGUUGCCGCGGCCUGUCGGUGCCUGCGGGCCCUCUGCAAGCACACGCCCUACUUUCGCAACUCGGCCGACUUCGACAAGCUUGAGUCGGCCGUCUUCAAGGCCGUCGACAGUUCGUCCUCCCAGGUACGGCAUGCUGCGGCGGACUGCUUUGCGGAAGCGAUGGUCCAGGGCUACGCCGGCUCCGCAGGAGCGGAAAACUCCGCCACGAAGAGCAAGAAAUCCAAGGCGAAGCUCAAACGCGUCUCGACGCACCCGGGCAUCGUGGAGGACGAUGACGAUCUCCCUUCGCGCUCUGCCAGCCCGGCACCUGGCGGAAAGAGAACACAGGACCUCUCACUGACCAUUCCGGACAUGCUGAAGCUUCUGUCGACGCAGUACGUCAAGUCGAGUGCGUCUAACAAGGCUCGGACGGCCAUUGGUGUCUGCUACGGCAAGCUAUUCCGUCAUCUUGGCGAGAACCUGGUGCAGGCCAAUUACUUGAGGAUCGUCGAGAGCUUCGCAGUCGACAUCUUGGGCCACUCAAACGUGAACAACAACCGCCACCGGCUGCUCUUGUCGCGAAAAAUCAUCGACACCAUUGUCCAAGACGUAAUUGGUCGCAAAAUCCUUGGGGAGUCUGGUCAAGUUAAGGCCGCGGAGCUCCUGAUCAACAACAUCCUCAAGAACUACCCCCAGGCCUUGGCCGAGAGACCUGAGCCCUCGAAGAACACACUUAUUGUGUCAUUGAACGCUGUCGCAGCCCUUGUCCAGUCUCUUGGCUCAGCUGCAAACAGCUUCGCCGAAUCCUGCCGCGACGGGCUGCUCCAAGUUUUGCAGCACCCUAGCUACUCGGUGCAGGUGUUCGCGUCUUACUGCAUGAAGACUUUUGUCCUCUCGUGCCCGCAGCAGCUGCUUCCAUGCCUCUCGGUCUGUAUGAAUUCAUUGACGCGAGAACUCUCGCUGCUUGGCAGCGGUCGCAACUCACCGAGGCGGUGUCUCGGGUUUGCUCAUGGCUUGGCGGCAACUCUGAGCGCGAGCCCGUUGCGGCCCCUGCAUGGCUCUCUCGACAUCAACAGCCGCGUCUUGACAAUGGCCACCAACCUCCUCAAGUCAAGCAGCCAAUCCGAACUUCGCGUCGCAUGCACCCAGAUCCAAGUCGCCUGGAUUUUGAUCGGCGGUCUCAUGUCCCUGGGUCCCAACUUUGUCAAGAUCCAUCUAUCGCAACUUCUUCUCCUCUGGAAGAACGCUUUGCCGAAACCCCUGGCCAAGGACAACACCUCGGCCAGGAGCCUUCUCGAGGCGUCGUUCUUGACGCAUGUGCGAGAAGGCGCUCUGGGCUCCAUCAUGGCUUUCCUGCAGUUCAACAAUCGUCUGCUGACGGUGGAUGUCUCGAAGCGGGUUGCUGCCAUGCUGCAGAACACAACGGCGUUCUUGAAAUCGCUGCCACACAAGAAAACCACGGAGGACAUCUCGCAGAGGCUAACUCCUGCUCUGCAGCUCCAAGACUUGGACCUGAUGGUACAGCGCCGCGUCAUGCAGUGCUAUAUCAAGCUUGUCAAUCUAAGCCCAGCAGGAGGAAGCGAGGCUCUUUUGCAGUCGAACUUGCUGACUCUCGCCAUCUCAUUGUUCGCGGACCCCGAGAAUUAUACGCCCAGCUCUUUAAGCGCCUCCAUUGCCAACGCGGCUGCCAACUUUGAGUCCAUCUGGGAUGUUGGAGACAACACGGCGUUUGGCAUCACGGGGCUUGUCGCCGGAUUCAAGGUCCGGAAACUGCCUGGUCAGCACGACAGCUCUACGGAAGGCGAGGUCGAUGCCGAAAGCCCCGAGGAAGCCAUCGACAAGCUUUUGCUCUCGCCUGUUUGUGGCAGUCUGGAGCAUGAUGCAUCCGCGCUUUACGUCGGUGCAGUGGAUGACGCCUUAUCCAUGACACCCGAUCCUCCGGCAACGGAGGUCAUCAACGAUGCCAUCCAGCUGUUCGCCUUUGCUUUCCCCCUUACACCAGCCAAAGUCCAGGAGAGCGUGUUGGAGCAAAUCAGAACGUUUGCAUCGGCGGGCUCUCUUCAGAGAGACCCGGGCCGCAAAGCAGCAAUCAACGUCAACAUCGCGACCGCGAUCCUGGCCUGCAUGAGAGUGGCCACGAAAGAAACGAGCUCAUCGCCGGGAAGCGUGGCCAAUCUCGCCGUGGAAAGGCUGCUCCAGGAUAUCGUAAGAGACUUCGUCUUGGACCCGGAUCAGUACGUGAGGAGUCUCGGCUAUGCUGCGGUGGCUAGGCUUUGCAAUGUUUACGGCAACUCCUUCACCAACCACGAAAUCAAGUUCCUCGUGGACACCAUCGUUGGCAACCGCGAGCCCAGCGCUAGAGCUGGGUGUGCGAUGGCUCUUGGUUCAAUCCAGACAAAGGUCGGCGGCAUGGCUGCUGGCUACCACCUCAAGACCAUUUUGGGCAUCCUCAUGUCGCUGUGCAACGACCCGCAUCCCAUCGUUCACUACUGGGCGCUGGAGGCUCUCUCGCUAGCCUCGGAUGCGGCUGGUCUUUCCUUUGCCGGCUACGUCCCGAGCACUCUGGGUAUGCUCGCGCAACUCUACGUGUCCGAAACCCAUCACCCGGAGAUCUCGUCAGCCAUCACCAUGAACCUGGAGAUGGAGCUCCCGACCGUGGCGGCGAUCGCCAAGUGCGUCGACUCUCUGAUCAAUGUCCUGGGCCCAGACUUGCAGGAUGCCAACAAGUCCCGAGAGCUCAUAUUCACCUUGGUUGAGUACUUCCAGGACGAAAGUGACAGCCGAGUUGAGAGAGCCGCUUUGGGGUGCUUGGAGCACCUGUCUCUCUACGCACCUGGGCAGAUGCACUUCGCCGACUACGUGAGGCUCCUCCAGAAGUACCUGGCGUCUGACAACAAUACACUGCGCGAUGUGGCUGUGGACGGCCUGUACAACAUCAUGAAGAGAGAGCCGCGAGACGUUCUUCGGGAAGCAGACGAGGGCUUUGAGGAGCGACUGUGGCUGGUGCUCGACGACGCGCCGUCUCACGAUGGCAUCCGGAACAUUAUUCGCAAUUGGAUGCGCCAGACCUGUCUGCAUGAAACGAACGAGUGGCUGCAGCGCUUUCAAGCGGUUCUCAAAAUGACGAGGUCAAAGCCCCAGGAGACGCACGAAUCAUCAAAGACGACGGCUGGCGUCCCAGACCUUCAGGACGAAGAGGUGGCAGGCUUCGCGGCGGGAGCAGGGACUGCCAAAGACAAGGACAUGGCUGCGGCGUCUGAAGCAGAGCCGCUGCGAUGGCAGGUCACGACGUUUGCCAUCAGCUGCAUCAGUGAGAUUUUCACGCUGGUCGCAAAGGACGUGGCCGCGAACGGGGAUUCCCAGGCACAGGUUUCCCUGCAAAACAAGAUCGCGGACGUCGUGCGCAUGGCGUUCUCGGCUUCCACUUCCAAUGUCCUGGAGCUUCGCAUAUGGGGCCUGAAGAUCAUUGGCGCAGUGCUCAAGAUGUUUGGCAAGACUCCCGACCCAGAUUUCGAGGAGGCCAUGUUGCUGGAGCAGUACCAGGCCCAAAUCAGCUCUGCCUUGACCCCGGCCUUUGCGGCAGACUCGUCCCCCGAACUCGCUUCCGAGGCAGUCAAUGUCUGCGCCAGUUUCAUCUCCAUAGGAAUCGUCACCGACGUGGACCGCAUGGGACGAAUCCUCAAGACCCUCAUCAAUGCCUUGGAGAACUUUUCUAGGGACAACGAGAACGCCGGCAUCGGGGACCUGAAAGGACUGAGCUCCAAUGCUCAAGUCAUGGUCAAGAUUUCAGUCUUCUCUGCCUGGGCGGAGCUUCAGGUUGCCAGCACCGAGCAGAAGUACCUCCUCGACGUGCUCAAGCCUCACGUGGGCACGCUCACCCCCUUGUGGCUUGAAUCCCUGCGGGAGUUUGCGAGGCUCCGAUUUGAGCCAGACAUUUCCAUGACGCUGGGACCGCCGUCUCUCUCUGGUAGCCUGGACACCAUCUACGCGGCGCUGAACCGCGAGACCUUGCUGCGGUUCUAUCAGGACUCGUGGCUCAAGCUUGUCGAUGCGAUUGCAAGUCUCAUUGAACAGGACAGCGAGUUUGUCUUUGAUGCGCUUGACGGCAAGGAGUCUCAGGAAUCCGUCUCCAACGGCAACCCCAAGAGCCCGGCAAUCAACUACCGCGACGAGCCGGUUGCCUUCUUCUUUGUGCUCUUCGGACUAGCCUUUGAGGCGCUCGCCAUACGGCCCGGACAGAGCGAGUCGCUGGCCACUCAGGAACAAACGCUGGACAUCCUCGAGGCCCUCAAGAGGAUUCUGCACCCGAGUGUGUCGGGCCACGCCAUUUAUCGACCGGAUGUCUUUGCCGAGACAAUGGAUCUCCUUGACCGCCUGGUUCUGACGGACGGGCUCGACGUCCAGACCGUCAUCGUGCAAAUCGCCCGUGCGCUUUGUGUCACCCACCCUUCUGCACGACGGCAGGCGUCCGAUGAGGGCGACCUCUCCGAGGAUAUCGACCAGUUAUUCGAGCUCACCAGGAUCAUCGUGCUUGUGCUGAGCGGCCUCCUGCCUAAUCUCGCCGAGGGCAGCCAGCCGGUGCGCCAUCAGAUGAACGACGAGGCUAUCGUCCUCGUCCGCACGUCACUGGACGCUCUUGUCGACGCGGCAGAGGUGUUCCCAUCAAUCAUCAAGACCGACCUCCAUGCCUGCAUCAUUCACAUCUUCGCCACCAUCCUCGCCACCCCCGACUGCCAAGAACUGAUUGUCCCGCAGUCCUUGGCCAUCCUCAAGCGGUUCGUCGGCGGGAUGCCCAAGUCCGCCGACGACCACUCGUCGGGCCAAGUCCAACUGCAGGGCUGUCUCCGCCGGUUCCUGUCCAUCUACCUCCACGCACAGAAGCGUGAGCAGCCAACGUCCCUAGCGUGCGUCAAGAAUUGUCUCCUCGCGACAACUAUUCUCUUUACGAGCGGCAAGAAUCAACUGCCGGCUACCGAUCCGCUGGUUGCCCGCUAUCUGGACGAGGUCCUCGACUGCCUCACGGACCGCAUGACCGCGAGGAUUGCAGCCAACUGCAUCCGCUCGCUCCUUCUGCAGCCGAAACCUACUGCAGCCGACCUGAGCAUUGCACGGUACCUGUUUCCUCGCCUGAUUGCGUUCGUGACCAAUGUGGAACCCGAGGAUCCGGCGCGAGCUCGGGCCCUGCUCGCUCACACCCUGUGCCUGUACGUGGGGACUCUGCAGGCGGACCGGAGGUCGGCGUCGAUGGCCCUGGUCAUUCCGACACUCAUGGCUCGGGCCACGGGCGAGGGCGAAGAAGUGUAUCAAGAAACGAGUGCAACGCUGUUGGAGCUCGCGGCGGCUGACCCGGGGACGUUCAAGGCCAUCGUGGGCGACCUGAGCGCCAGUCAAAGGGCUCUCCUGGAGGAGGUCAUCCGCUCGGGUCGCCAGGGGACGGCCGGCAACAGUGCAGCUACCGACGGCGGAUCCGGCCAGCCGAGCAUCACCCUGAAGAUGGACUUUGGCGGUUAG